GGAGCAGCAACAUCAACCUCACCCCACUCUCCACUGGACAGCAAAGGCUAUAUCCAAUCUAAUCUAAUCUUCGGCAAUUGACGCUCCGCGCCCUGAAAGCACCGCGCCUGCAGUUCAAUGACACCUCUGUCCGGUCAGAUCAAUAUUACCGACGUUUGUCUUUUUCCUUGAUUGGUCUAAUAGAACAUCCAAAUUAAUUAAAUAAGUAAUUAACCAGCCCAAUCUGCCAAAGGAAGAUUAGUAGGAAGGAUUUGAGGAGGAGAAAGCGAACAUGACGCUCAUUUGCCAUGUCUAAGACAGCGGUGAAGAAGCUGCACUGGCGUUCCAAGGUGCAGGACUGCUUCGUCCCUUUGCUAGGCUCGUCGGGGGAGCUGGGGAUCUCCAUUGGUGGAGGAGCAGAUUAUGGAGAGUUUCCUUUUGUCACGUCGGCUCCGGGGGGAGGACUCACAGUGGGUGAUAUCAUCCUAGAAAUUGGGGGAACACCUGUGUUAGGGAUGACAUUGGGAGAUGUCCGUGGUGUUCUCAACUCCUGCCCCCAUCCUAUCCGCAUUAAAACUGUGUCACCAGGCUCCACAUUGUGCAAGGAUCUCAGGUUGUAUCUGAGUAAGUGCUUCACACCCGGCUCAGUGGACAGCCAACUUCAGCAGGUCAUCCGAGAGAACCUCUACCUCCGCGCUGUACCUUGUACAACCAGACGGCCCAGGGACGGGGAAAUCUCAGGGGUAGACUACAACUUCGUCUCCAUUGAGGAGUUCUUCUCCUUGGAGGAGUCAGGAGCACUGCUUGAGAGCGGCAAGUUCAAAGGGAAUUACUACGGCACACCUCGACCCGUUCACAUCAGCCCAGAGAGCCCCCCCAUCACCUACCAGGAACACCGCAACCUGCUCAGAAACUUCCGCACACGCAGCAAAUCGCUCAGCAACCUAGAGAAGGCUGCAGAGGACGGUGAAAACAGCGAGGACGACUCAGGCCUGUCAGGAGGCUCUGCAGGUGUCAGCAGCAGUGUCCCUCCAAGCCACCGCUCCCCUGGUCGGCCGCGGGCAUCCAGCAGCGGCGGGGAUGGUUGUGCCAUAGAGAACGGGAUCAUCUGCAGCAGAAGUGGUGCCAGAGUGAGAGCGGUGAUGCCAGAUCACUGGGAGCAGGCCUUUAGUGACCCAGGAGAGUCUCAUUACGAUCGCAACCCAAAGAGGACCAGCUGGCAGAGUCCUCGAGCCUCAAGCAAGGAGACAGUCUACAAAAAUGAAUGGUUCACAGAUCAUCCUGGGGAGCUUCGGGGUUUCCCUGUCCACACACACUUGACCAAAGGCUCCAGAGGGUUUGGUUUCAAUAUUGUGGGGGGCAGCAGGCCAAGAGAGUUCCUCCAGGUCUACAGUGUGACUGCAAGUGGACCUUCAGCACUCAAGACAGCGGACAUCCUUGUGUACAUCAAUGAUGUUUGUGUGUUGGGAGUGUCUCACAAAGAGGUGGUAGAGAUGCUCAAGUCGGUGCCUGUGGGCCACAGCGUGGAUGUAGAGGUUAGAAGAGGGUAUCCCAUGCUCUACAACCCCGACGGCUGUCCCAAGCAGCCCCCACCGAGGCUACUGGACAGCGGGGACCCCAUCCUACCACCUACCACCUCCCAGCCUCAGCCUCUUCACCAGCUACCUCGCCUCCCAACACCCACUCCCCAGGCCCAUCACUUUAACUUUAAUGGGGUCCACAGUGACAGGAGAUACAUGGAACCAGGGGUGACUCUAGAUGCAAAUGGAAAUGCAAUGUCAUUCGCAAUCAAACAGCCGCCCUCAUACAGACGCUCCAGUAUGAGCAAUGCUGCCUCCUCAUCCCCCAUGCGCCCGCCUCGUUCCUUGAGAAGUUUAGCCCGGCUGCAGUCACUCGACCCAUCCCUGGCCAGCCAGAGUGACAGUGAAGUUGUUUCUGCGAUCGGUUCACACAGGGCAUCAAUGAUUCGUAAUCACAACAACAACUCCCUCUCAACACCCCCCCAUCCUCUACGUUAUGGCACAUCCAAGUCGUCUGAGAGUGACCUGUCCACCUGCACCCUGUCUGGGUCACGGCUGCCCCUGCCUCAGUCACCCAGGAGGCCGUCUUCCUCCCCCGGCGGCCCCCGCAGCACUCACUCCCACCUCUUCAGACCCCAGACCUCCCACCUCAGACCUCCUCCCACCCCGGACAACCCCCACCACCGCAGCUUCAACGGUUUCCAUGGUAACACCAGCCCCACAGCGAGUCCCAGCAGUGUGUCCUCCCCUGGGGCAAUGAGUGUGGGCAGUGGAUUUGGCAGCGGAGGGGAGCUGGUGCCAGUGGCCUUGGCCCAGACUGAAGGAGACAGAGGCCUCGGCUUCAGCGUGACGGCUGGUGGUCCGGGAGGCAGGAUGACUAUAGUGAAAAGAGUCUGGGACAGGAAACAGUGCAACUCCCUGCAGCCAGGGGAUGCUAUUGUCAAAAUCAAUGGAGCUGAUGUCCAGAGCCUUAGCUUUGCACAGGUGCAAACAGUUCUCCAAGAACACACCAAACAGGGAGAAGUCACCUUACUGGUUUACAGAGGAGCCAUCUACCAUUCAGCCGUCUCCCCGGCCUCACUUCGGAGACUCCCUCCGCCUCUUCUCCGCCCACCUCCUCCACCUGUUGGCUCAGACGGCUCCACUGUGCUCCCAGAAGCACUGCCUAUGCCGCGUGCUUCCAUCAGCACUCCUCCCUCCCCAGCCCCAACACGUUCCUCGCUGAUCCAGAGCACCAGUUUCUUGGAGUCGAUUCCAGUGACCCUGACGAUGGAGCCCAAAGACUGGAUCAACACGGGCCUGGAGGAUGAGGCGGAUGGUGUCACAGUGCCUGAUUCCGGUCUGGAGAGGCAGAGCAGGGAACGAACUCGGCCGUUGCGAGGGUUUGACGUGGAGCUGAGGAGAAAGCCAGGAGAGGGCUUUGGGUUCGUCAUUGCCUCUCAGGAUGUGGAGAAUGGCAAAGCUGCUUCUCUGCUCCCUCACCGGUUUGUGACGGUCCGUCGAGGCAGCCCAGCAGCCAAGAGUGGGCAGAUCCGGCCUGGAGAUCGACUGGAGGCAGUAGAGGGACGCUCAGUGGUGACUCUGCCUCAUCGGGAGCUUGCUCAGAUACUUCGCAGAGUGGGAAACACUCUACGGCUCACCAUUGUCCCCCGUCCAAGCACCUACUCUUCAGGCCUUUCAGAAACAACUGAAUAUGACCCCGGUCACAGAAGCAGAAAAGGUCAGAGGUCACGUCCAAAGCGUGACUCCAGGUAUUACAGUGUGGACCUGGAUCGUGGCCCCUCAGGCUUUGGCUUCAGCCUCAGGGGGGGCAGUGAGUACAACAUGGGCCUCUAUGUCCUGGGACUGAUGGAGGGGGGGCCAGCCUCGCGGAGCCAGAAAAUGCAGGUGAGUGAUCAGCUUGUAGAGAUCAAUGGGGACAGUACAGCAGGGAUGACCCACAGCCAGGCUGUCGAGCAGAUCCGCAGAGGAGGCCACCGCAUCCACCUGGUGCUCAAAAGAGGAAAUGGCUAUGUACCUGACUAUGGCCGUGAGCACAGAAUCACCUCCCCCUCCCUCCUGCGUCACCCCAAGGAGCAGGGUUUGGCUGCAGUAGACUCCACUGGGCGGAGGGGGCACAGCUCCAAACAGAGGAGGAGCAGGUCUUCAAAUGGACACGGGAAAGAAAAAGGGACUGGAAGGAGAAGAAGACGGGCCUCAGAGGGAGGGGGACGCUCGGGUUUACAAAGCCCCAUCUCUGAGCAGGGAGAAGGGUCUCGGGAAGCCAGGGACAGGAGGAGGAGAAGAAGGAGAGGGUCUCAGAGUCUAACCAGAGAUGUCCUCAGGAAUUAUGAUGAUAGUGACAUGGAAAAAGGAACAGUGAGGGGAAGAAAAAGGGAGAGGAGAAGGAGAAAAAGCAGGAGUGAGGAGAGAAUGGUAGAGGGAGAGGAGGACCCAGAGGAAGAGAAAGAUGUACCUGCUGUUGAGGAGAGGGUGGAAGAUAGGAAGGAAGAGUUGGAGGAGAGAGUGAAUUUAGAGAGAGCCGAGAGUAAAUACAGUAUUAUCCUACCCAUUGCAAACCAAAAGCUUCCCAGACCCAAACAGAACUGGGAGGCUGUGUAUGAAGAAAACUGGGACAUGGCAGCAGAGUACAGGGAACUGAGGAAAACAAUGGAGCUGGAGGAGCAGAGGUCAUGGGAUGAUGACAGGGGUGGAAGUAAAGAGACAGAGCUGAAUGAGGAUGAGAAAGACGACGAUUUGAGUGGGCGCAUCAAGAGGCCUUUACCAAGUGUUGCUGUGAUAGAUCCGGUGUCAGAGAGAAAGUUCUUCUCGUCCCUCACCUCUGCGCUGUCCAUAGAGCAGCUGGGAGACGAUGAGUCAGAGUCUGGAGGCAGCCAAUCUGAUGGCAGCGUGUCUGCUGCCAGCAUCUCAGGCCUUUCACUGGCCGCCACAGGAGCAGGCGGGCACAGGGCCGUGGUGCUGCCAGGCCCUUGGCUCACACCCAGCCAACAGAGGGUGGCACAGGUUGUAGGGGGGAACAGGCACCCCGGAGGGCAGGCAGGACAGGAGGGAGGAAGAGGUGCUGUCUCCUAACUUUCAACAGGAAGUAGAGCAUGCAGCAGCAGAAUGAUACUGUAUCAGAUUCUGUCCAUCUUACACUGUUAGACCUCAACUUGUUUUCUGCAGCUACCCACACUACCAACAUCUCUCAGUCACUUUGAUAUCUACAGUAGUAUGAAGUCAUAUUUUUUGUGCCUUUUUACAGCUGACUUCUGGCUGAUGUUAAAUGUCAAUAUUGCAUUUUUACUUGUAAAUGACACCAACAUGGUAAAGUUAUGUCUUUGUUCCUGGUGAAACCAACAAUGACAUUGUCUUUUUCCUGAGGCACUGUUGCCCUCAUUAUGUUGCACUCCUCUCUUUACGUUUGCUGCAUUUGUGAUAGAUAUUCCCAGGACAACAAGGUAUCUCAGACAGCUUUGUUUAACCUACUUCCCAUCUCUCACUCACCUCUCUGCUUCUCUCUGGCUACAUCAGUACAGUGUCCUCUCUUAAGUAACACCACCACCACCACCACUGUACAAAGACUUUCACUUAUACCUCAUGAAGAUACUGAGCAAUAAUAAUGCAACGGUCCGAGACUAUCAGCCAUUCGUAUCCACUGCGCCGCAUUGGUCUGGUCUGAGAGGAAACAUUGUAUUGUGUUUGUACAUUAUCCUCUUUGUCUUAUUGCCUCAACUUGUAAUGUCAUUCUAUAUAACUGAAUAUAUGAUUGUGAUAAUGCAAAUCCCUUUUGACAGCAGGUGUGAAAUCUAUAAUCUGUAAAUAUUUGUAGAGAAAUAAAUGACACAACCUAUUGAAAAUACUAUACUGACUGGAGCCAAGCCCUGAUUUGUAUUACUGUAUUGUAAUACAUCAUAAGUAUAUAUAAAUAUAUGCAGUAUAUAUUACAUACAAUAGCUACACAUUCAUAUUAUUUAUUAUUGUGUGAUGAGAAAUAACAUGAAAAAUGCUAUAUAGCUUUUGUGAAGGCUCAAAACGUAAACAGAUUAAGAACUAUAUUGUACCUGCCCCAUUCAUAAAUGAAUGUUUUGUAAUAUGCUGCUUGAGUGUGGAUUAGGAUGCUCUGUGUCAUACCCUACUUCAGAAGUCAGCAAAAGAUGCCAAAAAUAUGCAUCCAGCGUGCAUAUUUCCAGUACUGUUAAUAUUGUGUAUGUGCAGUCGGAACAAAACCACUGUCUAGAUUCUAGAGAGUGCUGUGCCCAUCGUGCCACGUACAGUUGCCUUGGUAACAUAAACCACUUUAUCCUAACCACUGAUUUUUCUUACUGUGAAAACCCUUGCUCCAAGGUCUCUAAUACGAGAGGUGGGUGGGCCGUUUAGUAAUUUCAGUCAUGCCAAAAAAAAAAAAGAAGACAAAGCCCUUACUGUAAAUCCACAAAAAUAAAUAUCAUAAGCCUCUGCAGAAUCUGAGCUCAGUGCUGCGUCUGAGAUGACAAAAUAGCACAUAAUUUUGUUUUGCUCUAUUUUUUAAACAUUCUGUUAUGGAGAAGAAGAAAAAAACUGGAGUCAAGCUGAAUGAAUACUGUGAGAUGUUAUUUUUCUAUGAAAUUAUCUUUUUUGAAAUACUCAGGUUUUCAGAUACUUUGCUCUAUAGAUAAGCCAUUAGGAGGAAAAGCUACAGAGUGACUUCACGUCAUUUUCAUAACACAUUCAUAUUAUUUAAAUGUUAAAGCAACAUUUUGUUGAUCAUCUGUGGCAGCAUUUGGAGACGCAGACUGUUACAGCUGUUUGUUACCAGCCCAUAAUUAUCUAAAGGUUGAUGCUAUAAUGAAGCCAUUUGUUUUUUUUUUUGUGCCCACCACAAACAAACCACAGGACUGAAAUGAACUGCUUGGUGUGCUCUGCCCAUUUGUUUGCAUUGCUGUGCUGCCCAGAAAUGGCAGGACAGUGACCAAACCAACAUACUGCAAUCCCCAACCAGUGACUAUACACAGUAGCUUGGUAGCAUAUAUGUAAGAGUUAUUUUAUAAGGUUUGCUAAUGUUCUUUUUUUAGACUUUGAUUUCCUAUGGGGGAUUAU